GACAGCAUUGUUUGCGUGGAUUGGUUGAGUAGCACGUCCGUCUUCUCGUAUCCUGUUGCUUAUUGGUCGGUAGUCACGUCACUCCGCUAAGGGCAGAGGCUGAGUGGUCGGAUACGGGAAGGCUGGUCUCGUCGAGUUUCGGUAACGGGCCCGUUAUGAUUUAAUGUCGUCGUCAACUGGCAGAUUCAGUAUGUAAGAUGACCUUGUGAAGAAGAUAAUGAGAUGAGCCUGCAGAAAGACUGUAUUUACUCACCCACCUCUUGAGAAUACAGCAAAGGUCAGCAUGACGGCAACCGCUGCAGUAAGUCCCAGUGAAUACCUACAACCAGCUGCCUCGACUUCCCAGGAUACACAGCCUUCUCCCUUGGCUCUCCUUGCAGCCACAUGCAGCAAGAUUGGACCCCCUGCAGUGGAAUCGGCUGAGACUCCUCCUGUACAAUCACGACCAGCCCGCAAAAGACUCAUACCUAUAAAGCCUGCACCAUUGCCAGCGAGCCCAGGGAAGACUGCCUUGGGCAUUUUCUCUGCUAAAGGAAAUGUCAUCCAGAUUCCACAGCUCAGCUCAUCCAAUGGGCAGCUCUUCUUCACCAUCCAGAACCCUGUGAGCAAAGCUGGCCGUUACCAAAAUGUGCAAUCCACCAACCCAGGAAUUCCACAGAAUAUGGGAACUCAGUUCCAGAUUGUCAGUUCCACUGAUGGUGGGGCAACUCUUCAGCUUGCUCCCGUCUCCAACUCCACCAAACACGUACCCAUAAAGCCUGCUCCUCCACAAAAGCCCAACAACAUAAUGAAAGUGACUGGAACUUCUGGCAACAGCCUGACCUUGGCAUUGCCUCUUAAUAGUCUACAAGACUGUUCCAAUGAAGCAAGCUCUCAGCUUCUUCCAAGCAAACAGUGCAAAAAGGCACGCAAGAAACAAUUUCAAACAGCACUAACACCUAGCUCCCCAUCCCAGGAGCAGGUAGAGACUGUUGUGAUAGAGACAACAGCAGACAACAUCUUGCAAGCGGGUAACAAUUUGGUGAUUGUCCAGAGCCCAGGCACAGGGCAGCCGACCCUACUUCAGCUGGUACAGCCCAAGACGGACAAUCAGAUGGUGCAAAUACCCCAACAGGCACUGAGGGUGGUCCAAGCAGCAUCAGCCACUCUGCCAGCCGUGCCACAAAAAGUACAAAAUGUCCAUAAUAGCGAGAUUGUACCCACACAGAUCUACUUCCGCACAUCUACAGGAGAACUACAACCAUUGCUAACUCAAGAUGUUCCCUCUAUGCCUCAGCCCAGAGCUUCGGGAGGGACCAGUACCCUUGCAACCCAAUCUGGCAUACCUGGCAAGAAGAACAUCCAUCGCAAAGAGCGGUCUUUACCCAAACUAGCUCCAGCAGGGAGCGUCAUUAAUCUGAAUACAGCACAGCUGGCAGCCACUGCCCAGGCAAUACAAACUAUUAGCAUCAAUGGAGUCUCGGUGCAAGGGGUGCCUGUUACCAUCACCAAUGCUUCAGGGCAACCACAGCUCAGUGUCCAGAAUGUAUCCAGUAAUAACGUGGCCAUCAGUGGUCUCAGCCCUACCCAGAUACAGCUGCAAAUGGAACAGGCCUUGUCUGGGGAAAUUCAGCCGGGAGUGAAGAGGAGGAGGGUUGCCUGUACAUGUCCGAACUGCAAGGACGGGGAGAAGGGCAGGUGGGGACCUCCCGGCAGGAAGAGGCACGUAUGUCACGUUCCUGAGUGCGGCAGAACGUUUCGCAAGACGUCACUCUUGAGGGCCCAUGUCCGUCUACACACAGGGGAGCGGCCAUUUGUGUGCAACUGGGGAUUCUGUACAAAGAGGUUCACCCGCAGUGACGAGCUGCAGAGGCACGCGCGCACGCACACAGGUGACAAGCGCUUCGAAUGUCCUCAUUGUCAGAAGAGGUUUACACGCAGCGACCACGUCAGCAAGCACUUCAAGACACACCUUGUGCCAAAGAAGCUGUGAGGCUUAGUGGAAAACGCACCCUAACUAUGUAGGACCCUGAACACGAUGCUAUUGUGCUCCAGAUGGGAACCCCAUGGAGAAAUGCAGGGGCCAGAGUAUAGUAGCAUUGUUUGUGUGGAAUACUAGCCUGAAGUUCCUGGUAGUAACCAGUACAAUUCUAUAGCAGCCUAUGUAUUGCUGAAGUGUGCUACAGUGUUUAACAGUCAUAUGGAGUUUCCUACUGGGAACAAAGUGUGGCCGUGUGACUAUAAAGGCACUUUCUACCUGGUAAAAUGUAAGGGUAAUGUAUUUGCCAGCACAUCAUAUGCUGACAGGCUUGAAGGGAGAGGGUGUGUUUACCGACACCAGUCUGUUGGCUGGACCAGAACAUUCCCACUUUUAUACUGCUCCUGCAGGAAGGUGCCUUAUUACCUCCCCUCUUCCAGUAACCCUGAGCAUAAAAGCUUAAUUAUACUUCCACUAAUAUGCUUUUCACGCUGUUUUGGGGAUGCGGCCGUGCUGCACGCACAUCCACUCUGCCAGUUCAGGAGUUUUACCCCCUGUAGACUUGUCCCUACCGGGCAUUUGCACCAGAAGAGUUCUUGUUCCUUUCUCUCUGUACAGUGUGCACUACACAUGUUGUAUUUACAAUGUUGGCUUUCACAAGGCUUUUAAUUUAAAUAAAAAAAGAAAGGCAAUUUACCAUUU